AUGUUAACGAAACAAUUGCAUCUGGCCGAAUCACAGAUGCGAAAGAUGCAAACCGUUUUGACAAAAGCCGAAGAGGGAUUGCGAACUAAAGAUCAAGAAAUCGGUCGCUUAAAACGGAAGAUCAAAAAUUGGGAAGCUAAAUACAAAAAUCAGGAACUCGUGCGGAAAAAAGAACAACGAACUCAGGCUAAUAAUUCCGAAUAUUUUUAUCAACGAUGUCUGACAUUAGAACACAAGAUCAUCGAAAUGGAGAAGUUUUUGUCUGAUUAUGGAUUGACGUGGGUGGGUGAUACGAACAACUCGAUGAAUAUAGACGGCGAUAGCAAUAAUUAUCUCGACGCCUGUUAUGAUCAGUUAGUUGCUAAUAUCGAUCAAUUAAACCUAGCCGCGGGAAAGGGCGAAGUUCACAUUCAUCAUAACGAAAAAGGAGGAGGAGCGACUUUUAAAGUAUAG